UUUAGUGAACUUUGCCUAAUUCGUCGCAUUUCAAUCCGAUCACAAUCUGUACUAUGACACGGGUUUUAAAGCUAUUUUUUUCUACUUAAUGCAAACAAUAUGUCUUUCUUGUAACAAAUAAUAUUUGGAAAAGUUACCAAAAUGAGUGAUUCCCUUCGACGAGAGGUAUUGCGAGUAUUCAAACAACUUCACAGAACACGAUUGAAGACAUUUAAAGAUGAUGAAUAUGCAUUGCAAGUUGUUAGAAACAAGAUAAAUGAAGAAUAUAGAAAAUAUAAAAAUGUUAUAAACACAGCAGCUAUUGAAGAGUUAAAUAGAUUUGCACAGGAAGUUGAACGCGGGGUACGUACAACUAUUAUCCAAGCGGUUGAAACAACUCCUGGAAGAGUAGAGCUACGAUUAACUCCAGAUGUCCUAGUGGAUAAUGUGCCAUACAAAGAUCAAGAAGACAAUAAGCCAGGCAAAGAAGAAACCCAAGCAAGUUCAAGUUGCACUUCUAAGAUGCCGAAGGAUACUAAGUGAUGAAAAUUAAAAGCAAUUUAUAAGCACAGGCUAGUGUAUUCGGUUAUUUGAAAUUAUUGUAAAAUAGUUGUAAAUACCACACUAGCUACGUAGUAUUUGCAUGUAUAUGUCAGGUGUACGAAGAUAAAAUAGUAUUUCUAAGUUA